CUUCGUUCUCCUCCUCGUUUUCUCAUUGGACUGAAGAAUGGAGAACGUUUGAAGAGGGGAGUCGCCGGACGGACGCGCGGUGACGGUGAGAGGGGUCGACGGGAAUCGCCGGCGGGCUGAAGAUUUUUCCAGCGGAUUUUAUCCAAGUUAGGGAGCAAAGGGCUGGACUGGGCCAAGUGCUGAACUGAGGAACAAACUAACAUCGAGCCAGUGGGCUCCUCGACUCAACCUAUUGGGUCUGGCUUCCCUCGGCCCUUUCCAGAAUAAAUUGCGAAUAAGGGGAAAUAAAACGCGGGGCCUUCUUCCAUUCCUUCUUCCUUCUUCCAGUGGGGAGUCGUUCGAAGAGAUUCUGCAUGGAGCGCGCUCUCUCCCUCGCUCGGCCGCCGGCUGUCUCCGGCGAUUUCCCUUCGCUCACAACACUCCGGUCACCUCUCCAUUCUCGGGCGCUAAUUUCGCUCCCCUCCGAAGAUUUACUGCAAUUUCGUGCGGGCGGAGUGAAGGCGAUCUCGGCCAGGGGGUUUCGGCCGCUGCGUGCCGCUUCUGCUGCCGGGGUCGACGAGAUUGGUGUUGUGGCGGCUGUGGAAGGGAGGCGGAAUUCUGGUCCGAUCAUUGUGAUAGAUAACUACGACAGCUUUACUUACAACCUCUGCCAGUAUAUGGGAGAACUUGGCGCUGACUUUGAGGUCUACCGCAAUGAUGAACUUACAGUUGACGAAAUCAGAAGGAAAAAUCCAAGAGGAAUACUUAUUUCUCCAGGACCUGGUACACCUCAAGAUUCAGGGAUAUCACUGCAAAUUGUUCUCGACCUUGGACCCUCCACACCCAUAUUUGGAGUUUGUAUGGGACUUCAGUGCAUUGGAGAGGCUUUUGGAGGGAAGAUUAUUCGUUCUCCUUAUGGGGUUGUGCAUGGAAAAGGUUCACUUGUUUAUUAUGAUGAAAAAGGAGAAGAUGGCUUACUUGCUGGACUGUCAAAUCCAUUUACAGCAGGUCGAUAUCACAGCCUUGUGAUUGAGAAUGAGACUUUUCCUAGAGACAUGCUUGAGAUCACUGCACGGACCGAAGAUGGUCUUGUUAUGGCAGUCCGUCAUAAAAGAUAUAAGCACAUCCAGGGGGUCCAGUUCCAUCCAGAAAGCAUCAUAACUAGUGAAGGCAAAACAAUCGUCCGCAAUUUCCUCGAACUUAUUGAGAAGAGGGAGAAGGAAUCGGAAUAAGAAACUCCUGGUUGAGCCUGAAAUGAUUGUCAUGAUUCGCAAGAGGAUGUGGCAUCCUGGUUGUCAUGAAAGCAAAGGUGAUAGUGUGAAGAGCCAUGAAGUAUUAUGAUAUAUGACGCGCUCCUCUUUGUGGGAGUUAUUUAAGAAGAAAGAAAAAGGAAAGAAAUGAACUAUGUAAUGAAUAAAGUAAACGAUUGUACAUCUUGGAAGGAAUAUUGUAUUCAUCAUUUCCUUUCUUUGUA